UUUUUUUGGUCGUCCAUUAGUUUUAUGUCGUAACACAACGCCACAACAGCUAAAUAUCAAACAAGAUUUGUUGCCAGUCAAAAUAAAACAGUAAAUAAAACAAUCGACUGAAUAUUCGUUGUGUAUUUGAAUUGCACCGAUAAAAUUCACCAAAAAUCCAUUGAACGAUAGCGAGAAAAAAAAAUAUUUUCACCGUUAAUCACCAUCAAUAAGAAAAUAAACCACAAAAAUGGUUGAGGUAAAAUCCGUAAAGGUGGAUAAUUGGGGUGUAUUUUUCCUCCAAAAAUUGCAAAAUUUCUUCAACAAAACGGACUAUUGUGAUUUGACAUUGCAGUUCAAGGAUAAUUCGCAAUUGAAAGUGCAUCGUUUGGUUUUGAGUGCUUGUACAGAUUUCUUCAAUGUGCUCGAAACUCAAUACAAUGUCCAAGACGAUAUAUUGAUAAUGCCAAAAGAUUUGCAGGCCGAUGUUGUUGUGCCAAUCGUGAAUUUCAUGUACACCGGCACAUUGGAGUUUGAGGUGAACAUGUAUCCUCGUCUCUUAAAAACGGCCAAAGACAUGAAUAUGACGGUUCUUUUAAAAUUAUUGGAUGCCCACAAGCGAACGGUGGGCGAAUCGCUGCGUCAGCAACAAGUUAAAGCGCCAGUUUUAUUGAAUAAAGGUGCCGUUGGAAAUCAACGUGUGACAAAUACAUAUUCAAGGCCGUCAGCUCCACAACGUACCUAUACACAACGUCGUCCAGCACCAGUAGUUACAAAGACGGUGAGUCCGCGUGGUCCGUACGGCGUUCAAGGCGUUAAAGUAAAAUCGGAAAAAUCACCGGUUAAUAUUAUUCGAUCCGCUCCAUCAACGUCGUAUAUUCGCAAGAAUUUACCCGAACCAGUUCAAUUGGUGGCCAAGUAUGCGGCAUCGGGUUCGGUUAAGGGACCAUCACGCUUUGAAUGCACCGAUGAUGUUAAUACUGACGCGUUUGAGAGUUCAUUUGAUAACAUUUCUUAUGAAAGCAAACCAUUGACUACCAGCAAAGAAGACGACGAUGCCACAUUUGAAAAGGUCAAACGUAGCGCAGCCGCCGUAAAACGUGCAUAUUCAUCGGCCAAUUCGUCGAUUGCGUCACCGCCGGAAAAGAAGCCAAACAUCGAGGACAUAAAAGAGUAUACUGAAGCGCAUCGUUUGCGCAAAGACAUUGUGGCCCAAGAAGUCGACGAAGAAAUGGACUACUAUGCGGAAGAUUUCCAGAAUGCUGACGACGACGAUGAAGAAGAUGGUGGCGAAAACGCCGGCAGUGUUGUUAUCAAAAGUGAUUCCGGUGGUGCGGUAAAUCAUGCAAAGAUCAUCAGUGAAGUAUUGAAAAAAUAUCCACACUUGGUGAAAAAUAACAAAAACAUCAAAUUGAAAAUUUUGCAAAAAGGAAAUAGUCCGGUGACUGUGUCUGCAAUAACAAAAGAUCCAUCAACAAUUGCAACGAGCAAACAACAAGCGGCUGCAAAACAAAGUAAAUCAAUAACGGUUCAAUCAAAAUUGCCGUCAAAAUCGGAGGUGACCGUCAGUAAAUUGGCUGCAACGUCAACACCAAAACCGGCACCAGCUGCACAACCGAAAAAAAUCGACAGUCGUACGAUGCAUGCCUUAAUUGCAAAAGGUGCAGAAAAUAUGACCGGUCCCUGGUUAUGUUUAGAAUGUGGCGUUGAUGGUCGUCCCAUCUCCAUUCCCAGUUACAAAAGUUUCCGCCGUCAUUUGACCAAUAUCCAUAAGCAAAAGAUUGAUCCACGCCUGUGCGAACAUUGCGGUCAUCGGUCAAGCAAACGUAACGAUUUAUUCUAUCACAUGAUGAUAAAGCAUCAAAUCAAACCGCCGACUGAUUUAACUUUCCCGAAAUGUGGCCUGUGCACAUUUAUCGCUCUCGAUCAGGUUGCGUUGCGUAAACAUAAAGAAGAAGAUCAUCAGUCGCAAGGUCAACAGCAUUGCAUUUACUGUAACAAAACGUUCCAAAAGGAAAUUCAAUUGUACGCACACAUGCGAAGCAAUCACAAGGAGCGUGCCCAAGAAGAUGGUGUCAUGGACUUUUCCGAUGAAGAAACAUACGAAGAUGAUGCCGAUAAAUAUGUUCCAAAUCAUCCGGAAGCAACGCAACCAACCAGCGGCGAAUCGAAAAUCAAAGUUUUGUCAAAUAUCACAUUGCCGGCCAAAGGUCAGUUUAUAAUCGAUUCACAGGGUGGUGGUAAUGUUAUUGUUGCCACAACAACGGAAAAUAUCAAUUUGGAACCAAGUUCGGAGGCUGAAGGUUUGAGUAAUGUUGCAUCGGGCAUCGCCACCAGUCUUGCCGUUUUGGAUACAAACGCACAUUUAGACGCUGGUGAAACGUAUGAAGAAGACUUACAAUCGCAAUACAUUGAAGCCGCCAUGGCCGAUGUGCAUGGUGAAAUUUUAAAGAAAGAAGCCGAAGAAGAGGGAACUGAAGUCGUUACGAAAUUCAUCACCGAAGAAGGCAGCGAAUUGGAAUUGACGGCCGCACAAAAAGCACAAUUGCUCGAACAACUCCAAGGGCAAGAAGGUCAAUUGUCGGAUAAUGUGGUUAUGGUAUUGGAUGCUGGCUAUGAACAAACCGGUCCCGAAACCGAUGUAAACAAUACAAGUGCCGAAAGUAUGGACGUUGAUGCACAAAGCCAACAAAGUGCCGAAGAUCCAUUGGAAAAAGGCGAUUCGACCGAAGAUGAAAUGGCAUCGAUGGAAAAUGUUAGUGCCGAUGAAGAUUCACAACAAGAUGUUGUACAAGAACAAGACGCAUCAAAUGAUACGGAAAAAACUGGCGACGAUAAACCGGUGAAUAAAUUGAUUUCUGCGUUGGAAGGUGAAUGGACGGAAGAAGAAGAAGAAGAGGCCGAUGAACAAACGACAACAGAAAAAUCAAAACCAAUCGAAACAAAAACCGAUGAGAAAUCAACACCAUCCACGGUUAAAGCAAAAUGUAAACGGGAUGAGAACAGUGAGAGUAAAACAAGCGAUAAAGGCAGUAAUGAUAGCGCAAAAAAUAUACUCGACGACUGGGAUUCACAGGAGAAAUUCGAUGAUGAAAGCGAAAAAAGUGUAAACGAAGAAAAAAUCGAAGAAGAUGCUGAUGUUAAAGCAGAACCAACCAUCAAAAGUGCGGACAGCAGUGAAAGUAAAAAUGCAACCGGCAAUGGUGGCACGGAGAAAGCGGAGAAAAAACAAACGACACAGAAAAACGAAUUGAAAACACUUAUUACUUCCGAUUGGGGCGAUGAAGAUGAAGAAGCAUUCUAAAUGAAAGCAAUCACUCACAACACCUUUUAAAACACAAUCUAUACGUAUAUACUAUAUCCAUGGAGAGUUCUUUUUUCAGAAUCAAUGACAUAAGUUGUACAUGUUUUAAUGUCGACACAACGUAGCAAUGUAAAACCAUCAAAUUUUUUUGUUUCUAAUUUAAGAUAUAAACAUUUCCCCAAUUUUAAGAAGAAGAAAAAAAGUAAUUUUAUGAAAAUAGUGUGUGUUGGCGCUAUAAGAAGUAUAUUACGAGGGCUACAACUCAAUUCAUCGGUCCGGUGUUUAGUACGAUUUUUUUUUAAUUUUUAAUUUUUAUUUUUACAUUUAAAAUUCUUAUUCAAAUUGUAUGCAAUGCAUCACCAACCUCUACUCGAUUAGCAAUAGCAUGAAAAAAAUAAUAAAAAAUCUAUAAUUUACAAA